AUUUAUGUGUAUAUAUAUGUGAUAUAUGAUGGCCUUCUCCCAAAUAGCAUUAGCAAGGUAAACCAACAAUGGCUGAUAACACCACUCCAAGAGCCAUAACUUGCAAAGCCGCCGUUGCGUGGAAACCGUUGGAGCCGUUGAAGAUUGAAGAGGUUCAAGUGGAUCCACCAAACUCAACUCAAGUUAGGAUCAAGAUGGUGUAUGCCAGCAUGUGCCACACAGACUUCACAUGUUUGAAGGGCAACACCCUCUUUCCUAUGUUCCCCUGGAUCCUUGGACACGAAGGGGCAGGUGUGAUUGAGAGUGUUGGGGAAGAAGUGAAAGACCUCAAGGUGGGAGACAAUGUGAUGAUAUUCUAUGUUGGAGAGUGUGGGAAAUGUGCAAACUGCGCGUCGGGGAAGACGAAUUUAUGCUCCCGGUAUCCUCAAAUAGUAUGUGAUGAUGAGACAUCAAAAAUUUAUUCUAAAGGACAGAGGAUGUAUCGAAUGUUUAGCAGCUCGACCUGGGCAGAGUACGCGGUUGUUGAGUCCAACUACGUGGUUAAGGUAGAUCCGAGGAUGCCGCUGUCCCACGCCUGUCUCCUUACCUGUGGUUUCACAACAGGUUAUGGUGGAGUGUGGAAAGGAUUCAAAUUUGAAAAGGGUUCAAGUGUUGCUGUAUUAGGCCUUGGUGCUGUUGGACUUGGAGCUGUAAAGGCAUCACAAAUCUUAGGAGCCUCAAGGAUAUUUGGGAUCGAUGUCAAUGAUAUGAAACGCGACAUAGCAAGAGCGUUCGGGGUUACUGACUUUAUAAAUCCUAAGCACUUUGAUAAACCUAUAUCACAAGUGAUACAAGAGGCUACUGGUGGACAAGGCGUGGAUUACUGCGUUGAAUGCACCGGUGUUGCAUCCCUCCUCAACGAAGCCAUUGCAAGCACAAAAAUGGGAGUUGGGGAGACAGUGUUGAUAAGCAUCCCACCGGAGGAGAAGGGGGAGCUUAACUAUAUUCCGAUGAUUCUCGGGAGGACCCUUAAGGGAUCAAACUUUGGUGGUGUGAAAAUCCACUCUGAUAUUCCUAAAAUCGUUGAGAAAUGCGUCAACAAGGAAAUCAAUCUUGGUGAUCUCAUAACUCAUGAGAUUUCACUUGCCGAUAUUAACAAAGGAUUGUUUGAGUACAUGAAGCAACCUGACUGUGUCAAGGUCAUCAUCAAGUUCUAAGGGAAAUUUAGUAGAAUUGAAUCGAUUUAUUUGGUUUGAAUGUUAAUUUAUGGAUGGGGAAUGUUGAAUAAAGCCAAAAAUAGUGCUCAACUUUGUAAGCAAAACAUGGUAAUGAAGUUGAUGCCAUUUUAUUGGAAACAUGUGUGGGUUAAUUGCAUGUAAAACCAAAAAGUUUGAUCGAAUUUUGGUUUUGGUCUUUUUAAAGUUUGAAA